AUGGAGAAGAAAAUCGUGCAACGCCAACCAUACAGUUAUCGACAUUCAAAACAAGGGACAGAAUCCAUGUCGCUUAGCGAUAGGUUCACCUUAAUUAAGAUGCAAAAACGUAUUUCUAAUAAAAAUCCGUCGUUAAAUCGAUUUGUUUAUCGAAAAUCAAACAAAGGAACAUUAACGACAGUUAAAAAGAAAAGACGAACCUACUCUACAGCCGUGAAUGAUCCUCAAAUAUCAAGAAUAUCUGAAGGUCAAUCUGUCUUUAGUCGAAUCGGUGCCGUUGCACAAACAGUGUCUUUGGAUCAAGGCAAGGCCACUGUUAAUCGUAUUCCAAAACCAAUUAAUAAAAGAAAGAAAAAGAAACUCAGGAAAACUCGAUCAAAACCGAAUAUUCUCAAUUUCAAACUUCCUGUCAUUCAUGAGGAACAUGGUAUUCUUUCCAAUGCAACAGAAGAAAUUGAGGAAAAAAAUAAAAUGCAAAGAGAAAAAAAUAUUGUUCCACCUAAUCCCGCAACAAAGAAAGUUGAAAUGUUAUAUUCAAGGAAAAGAAAGAUUGUUGUAAAUGCAAAUGAUCUCGAUAAAGAGCUUGAAGAAUAUAUGGCUGCCGCAUCUCAUGUUCACACAAAUAAUGUUGAACGCAAAGAAUUAAAUCUUAUUGUUUCUUCUCCUAAGGUAAACGAUGAAUCAGAGGAUCUUAUUGAUUUUGAAUAUAAAAUGAAAAUAAAAAGAUUAGAUGAUACUUCUGAAUAUGAAGAAGUUAAAAAGAUUGCGCUAAGAUCACGUGGUUCUUGA